UGCCCAGUCGGCCGGCUGGAAAGGGGUUUGUCAAAAACCGGUACGAUCGCCGUUUGAUCGAUAAGAAAAGCGGUGUCCUGUAGCACAUGUGGCGACAGUUUUUACGUUCACUUUCACCAGGCGUAAUCACACCACGACCGUGGAGCGCGAGCAAUUACCCGUCCGGAGGUGCAUUCUUUUCAACCCGCGUCACAAUGUCCUUGGAAGAGGCGAAACGAUGUGCUGCGUACAAGGCGGUCGACGAGUACGUGAAGGAUAAGACCGUCGUCGGGGUCGGAUCGGGUUCCACCGUGGUGUAUGCGGUGCAUCGUAUAGCGGAGCGUGUGAAAUCGGAAGGACUAAAGCUGGUUUGUGUUCCGACGAGUUUCCAGGCCCGGCAGCUCAUCAUCGAGCAUGGGCUGACGUUGGGUGAUUUGGAAUGCAACCCCCGGCUGGAUUGUGCGAUCGAUGGCGCGGACGAGGUUGAUGCCAAGAUGGUGCUUAUCAAGGGUGGUGGUGGAUGUCUGCUACAGGAAAAAAUCGUAGCAUCCUGUGCCGAUCGGCUGGUGGUCAUUGCCGAUUACACAAAAGACUCGGUGAAGCUUGGCCAGCAGUACCGUAAAGGCAUCCCGAUCGAGGUCGCGCCGAUGGCUUACGUGCCGAUAAAGAACAAAGUGGAGACACGGUUCGGGGGCACCCUGAAGCUACGGAUGGCGGUAGCAAAGGCGGGCCCCGUCGUCACGGACAACGGUAAUUUCAUUCUGGAUUGGAGCUUCCCGGACGAUAAAGAGCACGACUGGGAUGCGGUGAAUCGGGAGAUAAUGAUGUUGCCGGGCGUUGUCGAUACGGGACUGUUCGUCGGCAUGGCAACGAAGGCCUACUUUGGCCAGAAGGAUGGUACAGUGACGGAACGCAGCGCGUAGUUGACUGGUAUUGGUUUUUUUUAUUCCUAUCUUUUUUGUUUGUCUUGGGAUUGUUUUUUUUUACGACGGCAUCAUAAUAAAUAGAAAUAAUAUACAAGUCGACGGUACGCGUCUACCGCUGCGAAUCGAACCAACUUAAAA